AUGAGCCAUGCCUCCAUGCCGGGGGCCUCGAUGCCACAUCAACCACGAGAGGCUGGCGAUGUUCCUCGCGCGAUAGUGGUCCCGAGAAAGGAGCCCGCCGUCUGUCCGACGGACGACGAGGCGCGAGUUCCGCGCAAGGCGGUGCAGGACAAGCGCAGUUUCGAUUAUGUGUGGAGGUCUGGCGUGGCAGGAGGCGUAGCGGGCUGCGCGGCGAAAACGGUCGUUGCGCCGCUCGAUCGAGUGAAGAUUCUGUUCCAGUCUCGCAAUCCGCACUUCGUCAAGUACGCAGGGUCGUGGCGUGGCGUGGGCGCAGCAAUCACGGAGAUCUACCAUCAGGAUGGGCCGGUGGGGCUGUUCCGGGGGCACUCGGCCACGCUGUUGAGGAUAUUUCCGUAUGCGGCGAUCAAGUUCCUGGCAUACGAGCAAAUCCGUGCCAUCGUCAUUCCCCGAAAGGACAAGGAAACUCCGUUCCGACGGCUCAUCAGCGGUUCUCUGGCGGGCGUGACGUCGGUCUUCUUCACCUACCCCCUCGAGGUUCUCAGGGUGCGACUUGCCUUCGAGACGAAGAAGGACCACCGGUCGUCUCUGCGGUCAAUAUGCAAGCAAAUAUAUCACGAACGGCAGUACCAAAAGCCACCCACGACUGCGGCGACGGUAGCAGCUGAGCUAGCCGGUGCGCCGUCGGCCCGAGCUGCUGCGACAACAAUCGCCACGGCCGCGCCGGCCCUCGCCCCGAGGUUUGGGCUAGUGAACUUCUACCGCGGCUUCACGCCGACGCUCCUAGGCAUGCUUCCCUACGCCGGCAUGUCCUUCCUCACGCAUGAUACGGUGGGCGACCUACUGCGGCUCCCGAUCAUCGCCCAGUACACGACCAUGCCCAAGCCGGCCAACUCUUCGCCGAGCAAGCCGGCGCCGCUCCGGUCGUGGGCCGAGCUCUUUGCGGGCGGCGUUGCGGGUCUCGUCUCGCAGACGGCGUCGUACCCCCUGGAGGUGAUCCGGCGGCGGAUGCAAGUCGGCGGCGCGGUCGGCGACGGCCACCGGCUGCGCAUCGGCGAGACGGCCAGGCUGAUCAUGCGGGAGCGCGGCUUUAGGGGCUUCUUCGUCGGGCUGACCAUCGGCUACGCCAAGGUGGUGCCCAUGGCGGCGGCGAGCUUUUACACGUACGAGAGGUUAAAGAUGUGGUUUGGCAUCUAA